AUGAAGCACAGAAACAAUUAAAACAAGCCAAUCAGACAAGAGAUUUAUCCGCCCAAGACUACGUAGCUGCUGAGAUAUCACUCUUGAAACAAGCCCAAUCUAUGUGUUUCCCAGUUGAACUUGAUACAUUAACAUGUGGUAAAUCUUUGCCUUCCAACAGCAGAUUAGUCUCACUUGCACCGGAGAUUGACCAAUCUACUGGGCUCAUAAGAGUUGGUGGCCGUUUGCGACGUAGUGAGCUACUUAGGCCAGAUACUGUCCAUCCAAUUGUCAUUGAUCCCAAACACCCACUCAGUCAACUCCUGAUCCAACAUUAUGAUGAAAAACUUCAUCAUCCUGGCCCAGAAAGAGUAUUUGCUGAGUUACGCCGUAAAUAUUGGAUCAUCAGAGGGCGAGAAGCAGUACGGCGGCACCAACAUCAGUGUCGUGAAUGCAAAAAAUGGCGUGGAAAGCCUGAAGUGCCAAAAAUGGCUGAUUUACCACCAGCCCGACUCCGUCUCCACCGCCCAGCUUUUUAUUCGACAGGUGUUGACUGUUUUGGGCCUUAUACAAUCAAAGUAGGCCGCCGCAAUGAGAAACGGUGGGGGAUCAUAUUUAAAUGUAUGACGACCAGAGGAGUCUACAUUGAUUUACUUCCUAAAAUUGAUACUGAUUCAUUCCUCAUGGCCCUACGCAAAUUCACUGCACGCAGAGGAACUCCCCAUGAACUCUAUUCUGACCAGGGAACCAACUUCAAGGGAGGAGAAAGGGAACUAUCAGAAGCAUUUGCGGCCAUGCAACCCAAUCUGCAAAGUCAGCUUGCAAAGCAGAAAAUUCAGUUCAAAUUCAAUCCCCCUGGAGCUCCUCAUUUUGGUGGACUAUGGGAGAGGGAGAUCAGGUCUCUAAAAUCUGCUCUCAAUGUUACCCUUGGAGCCCAACAUGUAACUGAGGAAGUGCUUAGCACAGUGCUUACAGAGAUCGAAGGCAUGUUAAACUCCAAACCCCUGGGCUACGUGUCAUCGGAUGUAGCAGAUGUUGACCCCAUCACACCAAACAGCCUGUUAUUGGGGCGGCCAGACCCUGAUUUACCCCAAAUUGUAUACCCUGAGUCCGAAUUACUAAGCAGAAAACGCUGGAGACAUAGCCAGGUCCUUGCCGACCAUUUUUGGGCCCACUUCAUCAAGAGAUACUUGCCUGAACUGCAAACUCGUGCAAAGUGGAUUACUGAGACUGGCAAAGAUCUAAAGACCGGGACAGUAGUGAUGAUCGUGGAUCACCAAUUGCCUCGAGCCCUCUGGCCAGUGGGCAAGGUCUCAGCCACAGUACCCGGUGCUGAUGGGAAAAUUAGAACUGCUGAAGUACAAGUGCAGGGUCGGAAAUACAUCCAACCAGUGAGUAAACUUAUCUGUUUGCCACCUCUACCUGAGGAUAACAAAGACUCGUAAGCCUUUUCUAAGUAGAAUUUACAAUGUAAAUUGGGGCGGCUGUUGAAAAGGCUCUAGGUUAAUUCUUAUUGGUGCGUUGUGAAUGAUUGACAGUCGCAACUUAGUCCCGCCCCCAGAGUCUGACGCAACUUAUGUUUCGCUUGAAGGCUGUGGAGGGCUCGCGUGUAUUCAAGCCAUAGAUGAGUGUGCGUAACUUUGAAAAAACCACACUCACACAACCUUAAUGUUCAUGCAAUACCCUGAGUAUGUUGAUGGCUUGAUCCUUCUAUUAAAACUGUGAUUGGACUUUGGACUUUUGUGCAUUCUUACCGAUGCCCCGUGAUGAUCCCAACUAAGUCAGAACCAAGCAAUACAGUCCAUAAAACUAA